GAGAUGGAUUAAGUUUAACUUUAACGGGUAAUAAGGUGAAAUAAUGGAUAAAAGCCGGAAUGCUUGAUUAAUCGCAAACAAAUAAAUCUAAAAUUAAAUUAUCGGAUUAUGAUUUAUUAAGAUUGUUAUUUUAGAGUGAAAAUAUUAUAAAUCGAAAUCCAAAAUUACUUUAUAUGCUUGUUAAUACUCGGAACAUACAAAACAUUUGUCAACGAUAUAUCAUGUAUGUACAUUGUAGUGUACUUUAGUGUGCAUACAUAUACACUUAAUGGGUCGUGUUUGUACAUUGAACGAUUGUAUUUUCACAUAUAUGGAUGGAUCUAUGGAUUGAUCUGAAUAAAUGAUCGACGGAUUUCCAUUACAAAUGAAUGUCUGUCUAAAUGGAACUCCUGGAAACCAUGUAUACAGAGUGAUUUUUUCAUCAAAAUAGUAACUGAUAUGACCAGUGACAUUUUAUGGUUGUUUGUACGGAUGGAAACUUAACAUAAAAACACAUACCAUGAUACCACAUUAUGAACUCAUCUGAAUGCUUUGCCUUGUUAUUGGACCAAAACCGCUGGAAUUUUGACAACUGUGUUUCGCAUUUCGAGGGAAGUUUGAAUUUACAGAACAGUUCAAAAGACAAUGUUAAAAUACACCCUAGCGGGCGAGGACGGAACAUUUUCUCCUUCACAUCGACAAGAUAAAACUGAUUCAUUCAUGAAGGAGGCACUUGAAAGUCAUAAUCCGAAAGGAAAGACCAAAUUAUUGAUGAAAAAACGUGCAAGGCAGAAAAGACAUGAAUAUUCACUUUUCCCGCCAAUUGCUCAAUCGCAGAUGCGAAAAGACACUCAGACAAGCUUCAACACCCACCACGAUGAUAACAACGAUGUGGGCUUGGUUAAUGGACAUACCAUCAGCCGUCUUAAUGACGUCACGACACCUUAUGUUAUGCACAGUAAUUAUAGCCAUAAGGUUGAAAACAUAUCACCUGUGCCAAAUAUUAACGCUGCUAAAGAGUUAACACGUAUUUCUCAAUUGUCAAAUGGCAAUAUUGUAGAAGUGCAAAGGAUAACGAAAGACAAUUCAUUCAUGUCCGAAAAUAAACAUGCAACUUCACCUUAUAUUGAGAGAACGGACAGGAAAGCAAAAACUGACAGACGACAAAAUAGUAGAAAUAAAAACUUAAAUCUUCAACAAAGUUACGAAAGUGAUAGAAAUCCUAACCUUUUACUAAAUACUAAUAAAAUUGGAUUAGUAGAACGACUCGAUAGAAAUAGAUAUAGGGAAAUUAAAAAACCGAAAGGAGAUGAAAAUUUUUCCAUUCGUAAGAAAAUUGAACAGUUUCGGAAGUGGCAUGAACAAGAAAUGAUCAAUCAUAAGAUUGAGAAACUUCACAAGGAGAUUGAUAAUCAGUAUGACGCCGAUAAGAAAAAAGCAAACAAACCGCUUAUUAAUGUUGAUGAACUGCCAACGGUAUUUAGUCCGAAACAUAGUAGCACACACGGUAAAAAAUCGAGCUUAGAAGAAAAGGGACGUAAUAAAAGUUUGCACGAGGAUAUGAUUCAGGAUGAUUCUGGGAGAACGGAAAUAGAAAGAUCUCCAUCCGAACAAACAUGGCGGACUUGGCGGGAUGUUAACGAUUCAUAUGCAUAUACGGAUGUGAAAAAAUAUAUUCGGGACAAUGAGCUUAUGGGAAAUGAGAAAGAGGAUUGGAUUAAAAAAUGGGUAAUAGAAGUUAAUUCGGCGAUGGAGUCAGAUUCUAUAGAAGGGAGUGUUACAUAGUAGAUAUUAUUUCAAUUUAAAGAAUUGAAGCAAUCUGUGAUAUACGAUUUUUAAGCAAUUUUCACAUAAUCAUCAAAUCAUCUUGCCAUGACAAUUUCUUUUGUCAUUUCUUGUUUUUAUAUCAAAUUGUGCAAAUGGAAGUAUUUUAUAAUUUAUUUGUUUAAAAAUGGAUUUCAACUC